AGCUCCGCCACAAAGAUCUUCCAACACAGCAGAUCCUACGGCACAUUGCAAGUAUGGCCGGGGACAGUGAGACACAUCUAAGGGACCGUGGCGAGAAUACCAACAUUAUUCGACAACCUUUCCUCAUCGGUGUCUCUGGAGGCACCGCCAGCGGCAAGUCGUCUGUAUGUGAGAAGAUCAUGGAGCUGCUGGGCCAGAACAAGAUCGACCACCACCAGCGGCAGGUGGCGAUCCUCAGCCAGGACAGCUUUUACAAGGUGCUAACUCCAGAGCAGAAGGCAAAGGCACUUAAGGGCCAGUUCAACUUUGAUCAUCCAGAUGCCUUUGACAAUGAGCUGAUCAUGCAAACACUCAGACAGAUCCUGCAGGGGAAGACUGUCCAGAUCCCAGUUUAUGACUUUGUUAAUCAUUCCAGGAAAGAGGAGUUUGUUACAGUGUAUCCGGCUGAUGUGGUCCUGUUUGAGGGCAUCCUCAUGUUCUACUCGCAGGAAAUUAGGGACCUGUUCCAGAUGAAGCUGUUUGUUGACACAGAUCCAGACACACGACUCUCACGCCGAGUUCUAAGAGACAUCAGUGAGCGUGGUAGAGAGCUGGAGCAAGUGUUGGCUCAGUACAUCACUUUUGUGAAACCUGCCUUUGAGGAGUUCUGUUUACCAACAAAGAAGUAUGCAGAUGUGAUUAUUCCAAGAGGAGCAGAUAACCUUGUGGCCAUCAACUUGAUAGUACAGCACAUCCAAGACAUUCUGAACGGCGGACUCAGCAAGCGCAACAGCGGCUGCAUGAACGGCCACUGCACUCCACGUCAGCGACGGACCUCCGAGUCCAGCAGCCGGCCUCAUUGACCUCGUCGCACCUCUCUUCACAGGGCGGAGAGGGGUGUCGGGUUGCGCUGUAAAUAAUGCCUGUUGGCAUCACUGUAUUUAAGAGGAGGGGAAAAAAAGAGAUGCAAAAAGAAUUGAAAUGCCUUUUAUUAUUAUGACUACUCUUGUUAUUAGUUACUUUCAUUGUAAUUGUUGAAUUUGGGAUUUAGAUUUUGUCAAGACGGUAAAAGCAAAGCUCUUGUUGUUCUUGUGAUGACACCAUGGGUCAAAAUUGAGCCCAUGCAUUUUUCUCCCAGUUUGCAUUUUGUGUUUUAUGAAUCCCCUGCUGCUCCUUGGAAAUUCAUGCUGCUAAUGAAUAAAGAGGGGAAUCCUUUUACUUUCUUUUUUUUUUUUUUUUUGUCUGAUAAAACUUGAACCCCUGAUGGCCAGGGGAGUCUGAUAAAUGUUUGAGUGGGUUCCAAACAAGAAGGGUGUGGAUUAGAAAGCGAGUAGAAGAAACGAGGAUUGCACUCCGAAUUUGUACUGACAAUCUUGGGAGUGUUUCCUACCCUUCCCCUGUCUGCAGCAGCAGUAACAUUACUACAUGAUUUUUCAGUACUGAUCGUCACGUGCAGAAUAACGUGACUACCAUACCAGUGAGGCCAAAGGCUGGAAGGUUCAACUGACUACUAUAUUAACUCACUGUAGUGUUGUGGGUAUCGUUACAUUCUUGGGAUUCAUGGAUCCUCCAAUUAAUGGCUUAUUGAUAUAUGGCUGUCUGGGUCAAAACUCAUUCAUACAAGUACUCAUCUUUAUUAGAAUGAAAAUGAAUUAAUUCAUGAGGUUAUUAAAAUUUGGAUAUAUAAUUUACUUAUCUUCCUCAAUUUAGAUGGUUCUUGCAUUCACAUGACAGAAUGAGCCCUGUUAAAUAGGAUUAAGAUAUGAUGCGUAUACUCAGGUUGAUAAUACCAUUUUGAUUUGAAAUGCCAGACAAGGGUGUAAUAAGGGUGUCCAAUGCCACAGCAAUAGCAGUUUUCCCAGGUGUGUGGCUGUUAACCACCAAGAGUACCACAAUGCCUCUGCAAAGUUGCCUCAGGUUAACGUGUACAGUAAGUAUCCACGCUUGAAACCAGUUUCCAUUCUAACUUAAGGUUACAAUAAAUAAACUGUUGAACCAAUUUUGUAUUCAAUGUGUCGUAUUUGUUGUAUAAAGUGCAAUUGAAUGAAUGAUUUGUACCACGAUAUUUGUACCGUAUGGUGAUUGAAUUCAACUGGAUUGGGUUGUUGGAUGAUUUAUAACUGAAUGAUGUCAAUUACUUAAUGUUCAAUAAACUAAUGCAGCCGAG